AUGAAUAGAAAAGGAAAGCAAUGGUGUGCUGUGCCAAAAUGUAUGAACAUUAGUGUGGAAAAACGACACUUUUUUAGAUUUUCUAAGGAACAUGAUAGAUGGUUGCAAUGGAUAAGAGCAGCCAAUAGGCUCGAUUUGGAACAAAAAGGUCCACAUUAUGCUUAUAAUAAUUGUACCUUAUGUCACCUGCACUUUGAAGAAAAGUGGUUUAGAAGAAAGACCACACUUCGCUUACAUCCAGAUGCAGUUCCGACUUUAUUUUUUGGUUUUGAUAAUGUUUCAAUGAAGCAAAAGCCAAAAUACAGAAGCAGAGGUAGAAAUCCUGGAAGUCGAAAUACAAGCAGAAGCAGAAAUGCAAAGAGAAGCGGAAACACAAGCAGAAGCAGAAAUAUAAGGAGAAGAAGAAACACAAGCAGUAGAAGUACGAGGAGAAACAGAAAUACAAGAAGAAACACAAGCAGAAGUACGAGGAGAAACAGAAAUACAAGAAGAAGAAACACAAGCAGAAGUACGAGAAGAAACAGAAAUACAAGAAGAAGAAACACAAGCAGUAGAAGUACGAGGAGAAACAGAAAUACGAGAAGAAACACAAGCAGAAGUACGAGGAGAAACAGAAAUACAAGAAGAAGAAACACAAGCAGAAGUACGAGAAGAAACAGAAAUACAAGAAGAAGAAACACAAGCAGUAGAAGUACGAGGAGAAACAGAAAUACAAGAAGGAAGAAAAAUGUAGCAGUUAAACAAAGAGAAACAUCUCAAGUACGUCCAGCAGUGAGCAUUCAGCAGCAGAAAUUAAAGGAUGAUAGUCCGCGAAAGAAGAAGCUGCAAUUAAAAAUCAUAGAGUUAAGGAAGCGAAACAAGAAUUUGCAACAAACGGUUCGACGGCUCAGAAACAAACUGAAGCAGCAGAAGAAAAUCACAUCAGCAGAAGAAGAAAGCGACAUAAGCAAAAUUCGCAAAUUAGCCCGAUUUAGGGACCCAGCAAAAUCAAGAAUUGCAGACUUUAAUAGCGAAUUCGGUUGAUGUGCACUCGCUCCGUGCCAGUGGCAACUUUUUGUUACUAGGUGCACGUGCUCGGAAUGCAUAUAUAGUUUUGAGUGCGAUUAUUUGCACUGACCUAUGACCUAGGAGCAAUUACUUGACUGACCCAACAUAGAAGUAGCACUAAAUUAGGCUAGUGCAAUCUAAUAGAAUACAUUUUUAUUAGCACACGUUUUCAGUGCACUACCAACCGAACACUAAAUACCGAAAGGGGGCACACUCAGUGCGCACUACUGCAUCCAAUCGAAUUCGCCAUAACAUUACAUUUACAUUGUAAUUGCGAUAAGGCAAGCUUCUCUCUUUCUUUUUUCUCUCUAUUUCUUUCAUUCAUACUGAGGUGGACCGAGUAGCUGAGGUAUGGAUAAUUGAUAUAGUAGACUUGAAGAAGAAGGAGUUAAGUUUACAAUUUCCGAUAUUAUCUAUAUAAAUAUUACAUUUAUAAUAUAAUAUAUUUGUAUCAGUUCAUAAGUUUAAGAUGCGUUUAAGAAAUAUUAUAAUUGCGUAAAUUAAUUCUUGUAUUUUAAUUGUUUUAUUUU